AUGAAGGCAUCAGAAAUAGGAGAAGAGGAGGAUCCAUCGCUUUUUGUCUGUGAAGGCGGAGGUAAGGACAAUGUAAAGGUUGUGCUGCAUAGGAGCACGC